UCUAGUGGACGGGACGUUCCUUCAACAACAACAGCUGGUCAGACACCUCGGUAGCUUUCUAGACAAAAUAGUCGUUGUUUAGUUGCACCUGUGUUUUAAAAAUGCGUAUGUCUUAUUGCUAGCUAGUUUCCCCAUUUAAUUUAAUGUAUACGUUGUUAGGUAGCUGACUUGAUAAAUGAGCUUAUCAAUAGGCUAACGAACGCUAGCUAGCUAGCAUCUCCGACCAUGAGUUCACUGAGCUGCUCUCCUCCUGAUAAAGAAGAGGAGGUCUGCUGGACGGAGAAAGAAGCUCUGGUGAAAGAGGAGGAGGAAGAGAAAGAUGUUACAAUACAAAAACAAGUAAAUGGUGAGUCUGUUACCAUGAAAGAAGAAGAGAAAGACGUCUCAGUGAAAGAAGAGGAAGACGCGUUCAGAGUGAAAGAGGAAGAGGAUGUUACAGUAAAAGAAGAGGAAGAGAAAGAGGAGGAUGCAGUUUUUGGAGUGAAAGAGGAGGAGGAGGAUGAGAUGACUGUCACAUUGAAAGAGGAGGAGACAGGAGAUCUGAUUAAGACCCGAGAGAGACCAGACUCUCACUCUGACAGCGGGAAGAGUCCUUCAGGGGAACCAGACCCAGAGACGCCCAAACCAGCCAAACGACAUCACUGCUCGCACUGCGGAAAGAGUUUUACUAAGUUACGAAACCUAAAAGAGCAUGAGAGGACACACACAGGAGAAAAGCCUUUCCAAUGCUUCCAGUGUGGAAACAGUUUUAGUCAGUUAGGGAGCCUGAAAAUACACAAGAGAAUACACUCUGGAGAGAAGCCUUACCACUGCUCCCAUUGUGGCUUGACUUUUACCUGGUUAGGGAGCCUGAAGUCACACGAGAGAAUACACACAGGAGAAAAGCCCUACCACUGUUCCCACUGUGGAAAGAGUUUUAGGUGGUUAGAAGGCCUGACAAAGCAUGAGAGGACACACACAGGAGAAAAGCCCUACCAAUGCUCCCACUGUGGAAAGAGUUUUACUCAGUUGGGGAACCUGAAAUCACAUCAGAGGAUACAUACACCGGAGGAGAAGACAUACCACUGCUCUCAGUGUGGAAAGACAUUUUCCCAGUCAGAGGACCUGAAAACACAUGAGAGAAUAGAGAGGCUGUGUUCUGACUUGUGUUUUUGACCUGAGAAUUUAGUGUUUUUGGUGAAAUCCUAUUGUUUAUAUGAAAUCAUUAACAAAAUAGACCUACUUUUGUUUAAAUUUUCAUCUGGAGACCUGAUCAUGUCUAAAAUCAAAUCAAAAUAUUUUAAAAUAUGUA